UCACCGUCACUACUUAAGGGUUCAGGGCAGAGCUGCUCACGUCGGAGGUGGCAGAGGCAGGGCAGGAUGGCGCUGGGGACAGGGCUGCUGUUGGCUCUGGUGCUCGGGCUGGUGGCUGGUGCUCCGCAGGGUGUCUCCGGACAGGAUGCAGAGUCCAGCAGCUGCGUCCCUUCUCGGCCUCUUGCAGAGCUGAAGGACAAGACCAUCUUCUUCCAGGGCCAGCCGGGGAUACCGGGCGUGCCGGGCACCCACGGUGUGCCAGGGACCAGAGGAGAACCCGGGUCCCGGGGGCCCCCAGGUGAGCCAGGCCCCGUGGGCCCCCCAGGGAAGGCUGGCCCGAAAGGAGAUAAAGGGGAUGCGUGCAGUCUGACGGCCCCUGACAGCUGUUCCCAGACAGUGACCCCCUCCCUCCUCCAUCCCCCAUCGCUUCCCCGGCCAGCUGCCAGGAACUGCAAGGAGCUGCUGGAGCAGGGGAAUGCGCUGAGCGGGUGGUACACCAUCCAGCCCCAGACGGGGAGACGGCUGACCGUCUUCUGCGACAUGGAAACCGAUGGCGGAGGCUGGCUGGUCUUCCAGAGGCGCCAGGACGGGUCAGUGGACUUCUACCGGGGCUGGGAGUCCUACAAGAGGGGCUUUGGGAACCACGCAUCCGAGUUCUGGCUGGGCAACGACAACAUCCACUUCCUCACUAGCACUGACACGCACCACCUGCGGAUCGACGCCAGGGACUUCAAUGACAGCGCCACGUUUGCCACAUAUACCAGCUUCAAAAUCCUGAGCGAGGAGGAGAAGUAUGCCCUCGCCCUGGGCUCCUUCCUCAACGGUGACAUGGGAGACUCCUUGAGCGGACACAACAAGCUGCCGUUCUCCACGAUGGACAAAGACAACGACAACUAUGAGAACAGCUGCUCCAUCGUCUACAAAGGCGCCUGGUGGUACGGGAAGUGCCACUCCUCCAACCUCAACGGGCUCUAUCUCAAGGGGCAGCACAGCACCUUUGCCAACGGGAUCAAUUGGUCCGCGGGGAAGGGCUACCACUACUCCUACAAGUACGUGGACAUGAAAAUCAGGCCCCAGUAGGCAGAGCCUCCGGGUUUGGAGCUGCCUCUCUCCCGACGGCAGGGUGGAUGCCCGGCUGGCAAACGUCCCCUUUGCUUUUAGGAGAGGCCAGCUAUGCGGCAGCCUGCACUUUGGUCUUGUCCCCAGAUCCUGGUGCAGGCUGAUGCAUCUCUCCCCCUCCACUCCCAAGUCGGGAGUCUCCCCUGCCCACACCCAGCGCCCUCCCUGGUGCAGCAAAAGCCCCUUAGCUCCCAUUGCAGUCUCCUUAGCCCCAGCUCCCCUGCUGUAGGGCUCGGAGUCGCAACUCCUGGGGUCUGUUCCCACCGACUUGCUCAGUGACCCCCUUCUCGUGCCUCAGUCUCCCCAGCUGUAACCUGCAGGUGAUACCAUCCUGGCUCAGACCUGACUAGAGCCCAAGAAGAGGCUAUGGAAAUGCAAAGUCUGACUGUGCUAACAAAUGCCUAACAAGUGGCCAUGCAGCACCAGGCUGCUUGGAGGGGCCUGGGCAGAGGCGCUCGGUCUUUCCCUCAAGUGGGUCCCCCCCUUGCUCUCCUCUCCCUCUGGUACUCUGGGGGCUCCUGGCAGUCUGUGCGCAUGGCAGUGGCUUCGAAUGCAAUCCCUGCACUUCUACUAAAGAGGCACCCACUGCUGCUAACCUGCUGCAGAGUCUCCCUUCUCCCCACGCUUUCCCCUGCCCCCUCUCCAUGAAGCAGAAGAGCUGCUCUUGCCAUUAAUGAGCAGACCAGGGGCUGAGUUGUUUUCCACUCCAGCUCCUAUCCUUUCCCUGAGUGCAGCCCCCCACCUUAUCCCGCAUGCCCACAGCUGAUAGUUCAGUGCUGCAGACUUAAGGUGGAAGCAAUCCUCUGUGUCUGUGCCAAGCUACUGCAGUUAAGGUCGUCUUGCUGACCUCUGCCUGGGGCUCUGCCAUCGUGAGUGAUAGCCUGCUUAGUGAGGACUGGGCACAGUUUCCAGCAGGGCCCAACACCCACAGCGGAGGGACUGAUGUUUUUCAAGAGAUCUCAGCACAAGCCCAGGCAGGGAUUCCUUCCCCCGAGAGCAGCUGAGACCUAAACGGUCUGGUCCCAGCUGUGGGUGUGAGCCCAUGCAGGCUGGCCCGGCUCACUGAGGCUGGUGAUCGGGGCUGGGCUUCUCACUUCUCUCUCUUGCAAAUAAAGUUCUGCCGUGUUUAGAACAA